CUCCUUCUCGUAGGUUUUUUUCUAGUCAGCCUUAAAAGUUUACUCCUUUCCCACAGAACCAUUCUGGAAUUGCUCAUAGGUUUGAUUAGAUAGAUGGAUUUAAUGGAAAAGAACUUGGAGUUAGUGGAGAAUCAGAAGCUCGAAGGUCACACCGAUCGGGUUUGGAGCGUAGCUUGGAACCCAGUCUCCUCUAACGCCGAUGGUGUUUCACCGAUUCUUGCUUCUUGCAGUGGCGAUAACACCGUUCGAAUCUGGGAACAAAGCUCCCUCUCUCGCUCAUGGUCCUGCAAGACAGUACUGGAAGAAACGCAUACAAGAACUGUGAGGUCGUGUGCUUGGUCACCCUCAGGACAGUUAUUGGCCACUGCAAGUUUUGAUGGUACCACUGGCAUUUGGAAGAAUUACGGAUCUGAGUUUGAGUGUAUUUCUACUUUGGAGGGACAUGAAAACGAAGUCAAAAGUGUAUCAUGGAAUGCAUCUGGUUCAUUGCUUGCAACAUGUAGUAGAGAUAGGUCUGUCUGGAUAUGGGAAGUGCUUGAAGGGAAUGAAUAUGACUGUGCUGCGGUAUUAAGUGAGCAUUCACAAGAUGUGAAGAUGGUUCAGUGGCAUCCCACCAUGGAUGUUUUAUUUUCUUGCAGUUAUGAUAAUACCAUCAAGGUUUGGUGGUCUGAAGAUGAUGAUGGUGAGUAUCAAUGUGCCCAAACCUUAGGUGAAUCUAACAACGGUCACUCCUCUACUGUUUGGUCCAUCUCGUUUAAUGCUGCAGGGGACAAAAUGGUUACUUGUAGUGAUGAUCGAACCUUGAAGAUAUGGGGGACUGAUAUUACCAAAAUGCAGUCUGGUGAAGAAUAUGCACCUUGGACUCAUCUUUGUACACUCUCUGGUUAUCAUGACCGUACCAUAUACUCAGCUCACUGGUCAAGGGAUGACAUUAUUGUCAGUGGAGCAGGCGAUGAUGCUAUACGGUUGUUUGUGGAGAGCAAACAUGACUCUGUUGAUGGACCUUCCUAUAAUCUUUUGCUGAAGAAAAAUAAAGCACAUGACAAUGAUGUAAACUGUGUCCAAUGGUCACCCGGUGAGGGCGAACGGUUGCUUGCCUCGGCCAGUGAUGAUGGGAUGGUCAAGAUUUGGCAGCUUGCAACCAAACAGUGACUGGUGUUGGUUUGGAUAGGUUUCUGAAAUUCCUAUGAUGUUUUUUACUUUUCCUGAAGUCUCUCUCUCACAACAUAACAUUUUAGGUAGAAGAGAACACUAUACUUAAGAUUUGUUUUACUUGUACCAUCACUUUCAAGUUUUAACACUAUUGGAAUUUAUGAGAAAUAAAAACAAACUA